ACCUACCCAAUUCCCAUACUAUUUGCUCAUACUCAUUUCACACAUCCCCAUACCACUUUGGCACUUCCCUUCUCUAAAAAGGACUUCACCUCCUUCCAUUUUCCCCUCAUUUCACUCUUUCUCUCUCCUAAUUCUCCACUUUCUCUCUCCUCCAAACCCCUCAAACAACACAAAAUCCAGAGUUUCUUUGUGUAAACUUCAUCAUCAAUGGCUGUUCAUCUUCUUAUUGGUCUGCUCAUCUUAUCUAUGUCUGGUUACUCAAGUGCAAGUUUUUGUGUAUGUAAGCCAAAUGUAAGCCCAGCCAUGCUACAGAAAGCAAUAGAUUAUGCUUGUGGAGCAGGGGCAGAUUGUAAACCAAUAACACCAAAUGGGCAAUGUUACAACCCUAACUCUAUUACAUCUCACUGUUCUUAUGCUGUCAACAGCUAUUACCAGAAAAAUGCUGCCAAAGGUGCCACCUGUGACUUCAGUGGUUGUGCCACUCUCACUAAUUCUGACCCCAGCGGUGGAGGUUGCUCCUACUCGGCUACUUCUGGCUCCGGUUCCACAACAGUGCCAACAACAUCUCCCACUACACCAACCUCCACCCCUAUUUCUGGAACCGGCACCACUCCUGGUGUAACUCCCGUGUCCGGCACUGGUGGAAUGGGCACUGGCGGUACUGGCACGGGUGGAAUGGGCACUGGUGGUACUGGCAUGAACCCAUCUACCACCUCCCCCUACACCGCUUCACCAAAUGCAGGGAACGGGGUACUUGGUGGUGUCGGUACCGGAUUAGCUCCCACCGGAAGCUAUGAUGACAGCCACGGUGGACUCAAACUUCAAAGCUCGAGUUCAAGGUCUAUCCUCGCAACACUAGCGAUCUCAACCAUCGUGUUUAUGUGGAAUUAAAAGACGGGUUUGUAAUGCGGUUUGCAAGUAAAUGAUGUAGUGGCCCGUGUGCAGGAUUUCGGGGUGGCAAGCAUGUGAAUUUCACACCUCUUGGUUUUACAAGAGGGCAAAUCCAUAUGUAUGAUGCAAAAUUGUAAGCUUAGUAGGGUUAUUUUGUAUCCUUCAACCCAUCUGUUUCGCGGGUCGUGUUUCGGGGAUGCUUGUAUUGUAGCUCUCUUUUGCAUUUUGGACCUAAAAUUAUUAUUAUUUUGUUCUAUAUAAUCUAGAUCUAGUUAGGAAGGGCAGAGAGACUACUACCCCAGUACUUAAUUAAAAUAUGGUAAGCAUCCCCUGGGUUGUAUAACUUAUGUAGGAAAAUCUUUAUUUUUAUUAUUAGUAGUUCUUUUUAAA